UUUAUAUGUUUUACCAUAAGAAUUUUUCGUUUAACUGCACAAAUAUUGGCUUCUUUUUCUGCUGCAAUCAAUUAAGAAUUCUCACAGUUCUCUCUUUCAGAUCCAAAAAAUUAAGAGAAAUGGAUUUCAAUUCAGAAAAUAAUAAUGCUAAUAAAUCUCAUGCUGUAUGUGUACCGUUCCCAGCUCAAGGUCACAUAAACCCUAUGUUCAAGCUAGCCAAAAUUCUUCACUCCAAAGGCUUUUACAUUACCUUUGUCAACACGGAAUACAAUCACAGACGCUUACUUACAUCCGGAACAUCCCCCGGCUUGCCGGAUUUUCGCUUCGAAUCCAUCCCUGACGGUCUUUUUCAUUUAAAUAACGAUAACGACGACGAUGAUGGCGGCGGAACACAAGAUAUUCCUUCUCUUUGUGAAUCUACUUCAAAGAAUUGUUUGGUUCCGUUUAAAAAUUUGCUUCAUAAGAUCAAUAAGGCUUCUUCUACGUCGGAAUCUUUGCCGCCGGUGAGUUGUAUAAUUGCUGACGGUUCGAUGAGUUUCACUCUUGAUGCAGCUCAAGAGUUCGGAGUUCCUGAGGUAUUGUUUUGGACACCUAGUGGUUGUGGUGUUUUGGCAUACACCCAAUUCUCUAAGCUUGUUGAAAGAGGUUUACCUCUUAAAGAUGAAAGCUACUUAACAAAUGGAUACUUGGAAACUACCAUAGAUUGGAUUCCAGGCAUGAAAUCUAUCCGAUUAAAGGAUCUUCCAUCUUUCAUCAGAACUACAGACCCAAACGCAAUAAUGCUUAAUUUUGUCCCAAAGCUGAUUUCACAUAUUCGUAGAGCUUCUGCACUCAUUUUGAACACCUACGAUGCACUCGAACAAGACGCUUUACAAGCCCUCUCGACAAUUUUUACUCCUACCGACAUUUACAGCAUCGGUCCGCUUCAUUUAUUGGAAGCUGGUGAUCACAUUCCGGGAGAUAAACCGAAGGAAAUCAGUUCGAAUCUGUGGAAAGAAGAUUCGGAAUGCAUAAAAUGGCUCGAUUCACAAAAACCUAACUCGGUUGUGUUUGUAAAUUUCGGAAGUAUAGCAGUACUUAACCCUAAUCAACUCAACGAGUUUGCUUGGGGACUUGCGAAUAGCCAAAAGCCGUUCUUAUGGAUCAAAAGGCGUGAUCUCGUAGUAACGGGCGAAUCUGAUGUUAUAAAUACCGACGAAUUCCUAAUGGAAACAAAGGGUAGAGGAUUAAUAGCGAGUUGGUGCCCGCAAGAAAAAGUGUUGAAACAUCGAUCGGUAGGAGUGUUUUUGAGUCAUAUGGGUUGGAAUUCGACGCUCGAAAGUGUGUCCGCCGGUGUUCCGUUGCUUUGUUGGCCGUUUUUCGCUGAGCAACAGACAAAUUGUAAGUAUGCUUGUAAUGAAUGGGGGAUUGGCAUGGAGAUAAAUAGUGAUGUAAAAAGAGAGGAAAUUGAAAGUCUUGUAAGAGAAGUGAUGGAAGGAGAGAAAGGAAAUCGAAUGAGAAAGAAUGCAAGAGAGUGGAAAAUGAAGGCACAAGAAGCUAUAAAACCUGGUGGUUCUUCUUAUCAGAAUUUUGAGAAAUUUCUUGCACUUCUUGGAAAGAAAAACUAGAAAGUUAUUUUAUGUUCAUUAGUUUGUAUUUUAACUUAAGUUUUAUUUUGAAAAAUAAUAAUAAUAAUUUAAUUUUGUA